AGCAGCUCGAUCGUGAAACAACAGAGAUGUAUUCUUUGAUCGUGCAAGCCACAGAUCAAGGCACGCCUAGCUUAUCGACCACAGCAACAGUUAACGUAACAGUGCUUGACGUCAACGAUAACGCACCGCUUUGUAACCACUUCUCUUACGUCAUUGAGAUGGCGGAGAACUUCACGGUCAAUGGUACGGUGGUGAGCCUACAGUGUAGUGACGCUGACCAGGGACAAAACGCAGUUAUCACGUACAACAUAUCCUCAGGAAACACAAACUCUACAUUUGUUGUAGAUUCCACCACAGGAAUCCUAUCUUUGUCCAGCGCCCUCAACAGGGAGUCACAGACAUACUACGACUUGAUCAUUGCUGUCACAGACAACGGUUCUCCGCAACUUUCUUCUGAAGUGCCAAUUUACAUCAUCGUCACUGCUAUCAAUGAAUACACCCCAACAUUUACACAAAAUGGCUUCUACAACUUGUCCGUGACCGAGAAUACCCUUGUGGGUACAACGUUGUUAACAGUGCAGGCUCAAGACGGAGACAGCGGAGUUCAAGGUCUCGUGUCCUACUCUAUAACAAGCGGCAACAAGGAUAACAGUUUCCUACUUGAUAGCAGCGAUGGGACUUUGACCCUUAGGAGGCCACUGGACCACGAGGUGCUUUCUCGGUACAGCUUAACGGUGCGCGCAUCCGACAACGCUCCCGCGCCCCUAACAAAAUGGAGCCUGGCGAUCGUGAACAUAAGUGUUAUGGACCUCAAUGAUAACGCCCCCUCGUGCACACAGAGCGCUGAGGUGGUUACUUUGUUGGAGUCUACCGUUGUUGGGACAGUUGUGUUUACAGCUAAUUGUACAGAUAUAGACUCUGCUUCGCUUCUGUCCUAUCAGAUAGCGCAAGGAAAUAGCAAAGGCAAAUUCAACGUGUCCUCCACGGGCGAAAUGAGACUCAAUAAGUCACUUAACAUCGAGGAAGAAUCGCUUUUCAGUCUUCUGCUGACUGUUACUGACUCCGGCUCGCCUGUGAAGGACACUAAUAUCUCGGUGACUGUUAGUGUUCUCCCGAUCAAUGAGCAUGCGCCCAUGUUUAUUGCCGAUGACCAGCUCUACCAGAUUGACAUCUUGGAGAACAUUACCUUAGGAACCGUCGUGUUUCAUGCACAAGUCACGGACAAUGACACCGGAAUCCACGGGGACCUGCGGUACAUUCUUGUCAGCGGCAAUGACAAUAACAAAUUCUACUUGGACGAGGUGGCGGGGAGACUGGUGCUCAUCUCGAGCCUUGAUAGAGAGACCACUGACCAGUAUAACAUCAGUCUCAGGGUAGAGGACAGUGCUCUAGGUUCCCCGGAUGUCAAAUAUUCAAACGUGACGCUGUACAUUUCGGUUGAAGACGUCAAUGAUAAUCCACCUGUGUGUACAACAACUUUAUUUGCUGAGGAAAUCUUGGAGGGUAAGUAAAAGGCCUAGACUUUAAACCUAGAUGGAGGUCACCGGAAUAAAAUUAAUUAUGGACCUCUGGAACAGUAGGAGUUAUCUGCAGGACCUCUUCUACUCACUAGCGCAAGUAAGAGAUUUGAAGCCGCAACUACUCAAUUACUGCGAAAAUAACUGCAACUAAAAAACAACUUAAUCAAGAACUGCCACGCCAGAAAACAGCUCGCAUUACUGAAACAACAACA